AUGUUCGGCUUCCUUGCUUACUCUGCUGUGGUUUUGGUUGUGGUGCUUGCACUGAUCUUCUACUACGAACCCCGUUAUGGGAAGACGCAUAUGAUAGUUAUGAGUGUCAAAGCUGUGGCAAUUGCUAUAAAGCUGACUUUUUCCGGGAUGAACCAGUUUAAGUACUUCCACGCAUGGAUCUUCAUCAUAGUAGUGACCAUAUGUUGCAUUUUGCAAAUCAACUACCUGAACAAGGACUGGGCUUCUCAGAGUGGUUUGCAAAUUGCGACAGAGCUAUGUGGCUUUGUGACCAUUUUAUCAGGAACCUUUCUUCUCCACAAGACAAAAGACAUGGGAAACAGUGGUAGCUCACGUGGCGCCACGUCACACACGCCUAGAGACACUCCUGUCUUCAUCAACUCAGUGAUUGUUGGGGAGAUAGCCAAUUUUGCAGCUUAUGCAUUUGCACCUGCUAUUCUAGUGACACCUUUGGGAGCUCUAAAAACCCUGUUAUGCAGCGCAGUGCUUGCACAUUUUAUCUUGGAAGAGAAGUUGCAUAUGUUCGGUAUACUUGGCUGCGUCCUCUGUGUUGUUGGAUCUACAACGAUUGUUUUGCAUGCUCCUCACGAGCAAGACAUUGAAUCAGUCAAGCACAUAUGGCAUCUGGCUACUGAACCAGGCUUCCUUGCUUACUCUGCUGUGGUUUUGGUUGUGGUGCUUGCACUGAUCUUCUACUACGAACCCCGUUAUGGGAAGACGCAUAUGAUAGUUAUGAGUGUCAAAGCUGUGGCAAUUGCUAUAAAGCUGACUUUUUCCGGGAUGAACCAGUUUAAGACUGGGUGUGGUUUGCAAAUUGCGACGGAGCUAUGUGGCUUUGUGACCAUUUUAUCAGGAACCUUUCUUCUCCACAAGACAAAAGACAUGGGAAACAGUGGUAGCUCACGUGGCGCCACAUCACACACGCCUAGAGACACUCCUGUCUUCAUCAACUCAGUGAUUGUUGGGGAGAUAGCCAAUUUUGCAGCUUAUGCAUUUGCACCUGCUAUUCUAGUGACACUUUUGGGAGCUCUAAGCUUCCUUGCUUACUCUGCUGUGGUUUUGGUUGUGGUUCUUGCACUGAUCUUCUACUACGAACCCCGUUAUGGGAAGACGCAUAUGAUAGUAUAUGUUGGGAUUUGCUCCUUAAUGGGAUCUCUCACUGUUAUGAGUGUCAAAGCUGUGGCAAUUGCUAUAAAGCUGACUUUUUCCGGGAUGAACCAGUUUAAGUACUUCCACGCAUGGAUCUUCAUCAUAGUAGUGACCAUAUGUUGCAUUUUGCAAAUCAACUACCUGAACAAGGACUGGGUGUGGUUUGCAAAUUGCGACGGAGCUAUGUGGCUUUGUGACCAUUUUAUCAGGAACCUUUCUUCUCCACAAGACAAAAGACAUGGGAAACAGUGGUAG